AGUGGGAGCUCGAGGGGCAAAGAGUGCAGCCGCUGUUGCAGUCAGGGCAGUUUAAGCGGAGCGCAUUCCUGCACAGCGCUCACACCGGAGAAGGCAGCAGCGGCGACGCACACCGCCCCGCAACGCACCGCACCGCAUCGCGCCGCACCGGGGCUGGGAGCUCACCUAAAAGCUCACACUGGGAGGUGAAGGAAGUGGCUGGGUGUCGCCCGAACGGAGCGGUUCGCACGUACAUCAGCCUCGGCUGAGGGGAAGCGUUGUGUGUUCGAGGGCUGAACGCCGCGAUGUCGGAGUUUCUGGUGAGUCUGCUCGGGGAGCGGCUCGUCAACAGCGAGAAAGCCGAGGUGGACGUGCAGUCGCUGAGCGCCAGGCUGUCCCUGGUCGGGCUCUUCUUCGGCUGCAGCCUGAACGCGCCGUGCAAGCAGUUCAACGGCAGCCUGUGCGAGUUUUACAACAGGUUCAAAAAGACAUCCGAGCACAAGGAUACGCUGGAAAUCGUCUUCAUCUCGUCGGACCAGGACCAGAAACACUGGCAGGACUUUUUGCAGGAGAUGCCAUGGCCUGCGCUACCGUUCAAAGACAGACACAAAAAGAUGAAGCUGUGGAACAAGUACAAGGUGACGAGUAUUCCGUCUCUGGUGUUUGUGGAUGCGUCCACGGGGAAGGUGGUGUGUCGAAAUGGGCUACUGGUGGUCAGAGAUGACCCCAAAGGCCUGGAGUUCCCCUGGGGGCCGAAGCCAUUUGCCGAGGUGGUGGCGGGGCCCCUGCUGAGGAACAACAGGCAGACGACAGACAGCAGCUCUCUGGAGGGACACUACGUGGGAGUGUACUUCUCGGCGCAUUGGUGCCCGCCGUGCCGCAGCCUGACCCGGGUCCUGGUGGAAUCGUAUCGAAUCGUCAAAGAGUCGGGUCAGAAGUUCGAGAUCGUGUUCGUGAGCGCCGAUCGGUCAGAGGAGUCCUUCAAGCAGUAUUUCAGCGAGAUGCCGUGGUUGGCGGUGCCGUAUUCAGACGAGGCCCGGCGCUCACGGCUCAACAGGCUCUAUGGAAUACAAGGUAUUCCCACGCUGAUUUUGCUCGACACUGAGGGUCACAUGAUCACGCGACAAGGCCGCGUGGAGGUGCUGAACGACCCGGAGUGCCGCCUCUUCCCAUGGCACCCCCGGCCCGUGCUGGAGCUCAGCGAGGCCAACGCCGUGCAGCUCCACGAGGGGCCCUGCCUCGUGCUGUUCGUGGAUGCCGAAGAGGAGGGAGAGUUGGAGCCAGCCAAGGAGCUGAUUCAGCAAAUAGCCGAGAAGCUCGUGGCGAAGUACAAAGCCAAGGAGGAGGAGACGCCGCUGCUAUUUUUUGUGGCUGGAGAGGACGACAUGAGCGACUCCCUGCGCGACUACACCAACCUUCCAGAAGCAGCGCCUCUGCUCACCAUCCUGGACAUGUCGGCUCGUGCCAAGUAUGUGCGCGAUGUGGAGGAGAUCACGCCAGCCGUGGUGGAGCAGUUUGUCAGCGACUUCCUUGCUGAAAAGCUCAAACCGGACCCAAUCUAAGGAUGUCCAAUCAGAAGUGGAACACACUACACCGGACUCACUCAUUCAUCAAACUCCGACUUGUUGCUACGCGCCUCACCCCUCGCAGCCCCCUGCUAUCGUCCCGGUCCCCUUGACUGUUAGAGACGUCUCACUUUUUACUGACAUUUUAACUUUUUUUUUUUUUUUUUUUAAGACAUGUUCCUCUCUUCAUGGAGUCUUCUCUUUCUCCCGUGGUGCCUUGCAUUGACUAUAGUUCCUACACUAAUAUAUAUGAAGAUUUUUUGUUUGUUUGGGUUUUUUUUGCCUCAAGAAAAAUAAGUUGUAUUUUUUUCACACAGUAGAAUAAAAGAAAACCUGAGAAUACCCAGUGGACCUAUUUCAGCUGAUAGUUUGCUUUCUUUGCAUUUUCUCAGCAAGAGCCUUGUUACUUUUGAUUUCUGCACAUUGAUGUAAAUUAAUAAAAUGCAUUUUUACAGCAGCAGUUCACACUUACACUUAAUGUGGUGAAUCUCAGUUGGGUGUAGCUGUAUAAAAAACAGUGACAGGUGCACGUGCAGCCAAAACCACAAAUGUUUUAAAACCCUCGUGUCUUGUGCGCAUGCGUGUGCGAUGGUGUGAAUGAAAGUCAUCUCCGGCCAGCCGUUAAUGGUGGUUCUCAUCUCAGUCAUUAUGGGGAUUUUCUGUGAACAUCUCCCAAUGAAAAGGCCGAGUGAAGGCACAAAAGUGACAUUGGAAAAGUGUUGAAUGUACAUAUGAAUUCCCACAUUCUGUUACUUCAGUCAUUGCGCCAAUUAAAAAUUCACUGGCAAGAAA